AAUCCGCAUUCACUGACUGUGAGCCACGCCGCUCAGUGACCUUCCUCUGCCGGGGAAACACGGAAUCAAAAUACAGCACCACAACAUAGUGUCAAAACUGGCUAAACAUGCUAUUUUAUGGGGAGUGAGCGUCCGUAGCCGGUAUUUCCCCCUUUUCCUGGUGAAAACCCGGUGUCUCUCUACCUAUUUGUUCUUUCCUGUAGAAGUGGAUGUCCAAGUGGUGCCUAUAAUUAACAUCUUGGACAGUCAGUUGGGUGUUAAAAUGGAGGUGGUUCCUCCCAACUCUGAGAGAGAAGCUACUGCCGGCAGCAUAGCAGGCCCUGAGGAGGACGAAGAAGGAGAGGUGCACGCGGCCAUGCUGUGGUCCAUCCAAGAGGCUGUGGAGAGGCAGACCCUUCAGAUCGGAAUCUCAGCCUGCGGUGCUACGGCUGUGGUGGAUGUGCUCCAGGCUUUGGGGAUUACAGUGGCCCCAGAGACGGCUGACCACUGUGUACGGACUAGACUCAGGAGGAACGAUUCCCCAUUGCCUGAUUACCUUCACUCACGCAGCGAAGCAGGUGCCACACACCAUCAGCUGAUAGAUGGAGCAGAACGGGCCAGUGGCGGUAGAGUGCUGGGCAAGUUCUUCAGUUUCCACCCAGCAAGGCGGGUAAAGCUGGUACCGUGGCUGGCACACUGGAUCCGGCGUGGAGCUGUGCCUGUAGCCACCAUGAACAUGCAGCGAGGAGUGGCAGAGGGUGAAGAAAUCCCUGAUGCUUGGCAUCACCAACUGAUCUUUGGAGUGGGACCCAAUGCUGUGUUCAUGACUAAUCCUCUGGAUGUGGUUGGUGAGGAGGAGGUACACAUGCGCCUGUGCAGUGAAUCAGUGCUGCUGAUCCGUCGUGAAGAUGUCUUGAAGAGACUAACGUCAGGAUCCCCACUGUCACUGAUCUCAGACCAGCAGGCUGAUUCACGUUGGAAAACUCUUAAUGUGGAAGGUCAAGUUAGACAGAUGAUGAAUGAGGAAGACCACAGUGAUGAAGAUCAUCCAAAGAUGAUGCACAUAAUGAUCCCUGCAGCUUACAGCUCUGGAAUUACGCUGUUUGCUCUCAGAGAUUCUUCUGUUGGUCAGGAACUCCUCAGUGCCCCUGAACUGCCUUUCUUGUGAAUCGACAGUGUACCUCCCUACUGAAUGACUGGACUCGUCUUACGCCAUGCAUUGCUGUGCUGUGCGAAUGAAGUAUAGUGUUGGUAUAUUAGGCUGUACACAGGUUUUUGGCAUGAUCACUAACACUUAUGUUUCCUCACUGGAAGACAGUGAGAGCCCUGCAACCUGCUAGAACUUGCAAAUUUUCAGAAAUUUACAAAUAUGCAAGCUAUGUCAGGUUGCACUUGGGAUUGUCCUCCAUGCAUUUGUCAAUUAGUAAUCAAAAUCUGAUUAUUUAUGUCAUUAAAAGUCAGUAAAUGGUUGGGAAGAAUGGUAAACAUG